GUCGAGCGGCCGUGUUCAUUUGUCGUCGGGCAGUCCGUGCGUACGGUUGGUGUUUGGUCCGCGUCGCAUUGCACCAGUGAAGCUUUCCGGAGUGGCUUUCGGUGAGUGUGUUCAUGCUUGUGAGAGGGUGGAGUGUAGUCCUCAGCAUUCUCACAACGCAUCCCAGUGUCAUGUUUUUUGUGCUUGUGUUAGUGUGUCUGCAAGAAGGAAAGAUGUUUAUUAAUUGGGAUUAAAUUUGGUGAUUUUAUCAAUAAAUCAAAGGAAAAAAUUACGGGACGCCGUGAUUCGACGAGGUGUGAAUCGGGUUUGAAGAAGAAACGGUGCUUUUUUGUGAAUAAAAAAAAUUAAAACCUUCCAGGAAGACGGUGUUCCUUUGGAUUGUGGUGCUGCCUGUACAGAAUUUCUGCCGAGUCGGUCAAAUCUUCGGGAGCAUUGGGUGACCUUGCUAAAAUCUUUAUCCCUGCUUCGCACUGUUCCGUGGUUGUAAAUGGAAAAAUGUUUGUGGUAAUGUAAAAUAAUGUGAGCAGUGAUUGUUGUGUAAAUCCGGCCUGCAUAAUUCACACAAAACUGAAACGAAAUCGUCAUCGGCGGCAAGACAACAAGCGGAAGGAAACUGACAUCAGGUGGCGAGAAUCAGCAAUCCAGAAAAACAACAACAAUAAAAAACAAGGAAUUCAACUCGUCCCGAAUAUAUAUACACCUGGAUUGCAUCAAUAAAACAUCAACGUGUCAUCAAUGAAACGUUCGCCCCACUAAAGCACGAGCCGAAAAUGUGACUUCACUUCGUGGAAGGCACCCGAAUGUGCUAAUUGAGCGGAUGAUUACACGGCUCGAAAGGAGCCGCUGCGUUGAAAAGGCAAACAAAUAAGAAACCACCCAGCAGUCGGCGGGAAAUCGCCACUACUGCUACAAGUAAAAAUCGUCGUUUCGCUUCACCCAGCCGUUCUUGCAUACGAGCAAAAGUCGUUUGAAAAGCCAAAAUACCACCAUAAAUGAGUUACUACUUGCAAUAGACGACGACGACGACGACUGUAGGUUCCUCUGUUCCUGCCGAUAACUGCCGGUUGGCCUUAAGUGCGAAAAGCUAGUGUGAAAGAUACGUCAGGCCUCCUUCCACAUCAUGACGGUGAAAAUAUUCCGCCGAGGCUCGGCCCGCUGCAUCGGGUUGCUUUCGGCGUUUAUCACAAUUCUGCUCUGCCUGUAUUACAUCUCGAUGGGGCAACCCUCGACGACACCGGGUCCGGCGGGGAUACACAAGGAUGGCAUGCACCAGAAGCGAUUAAGCAACAUCCAUGAUUCCCACCAUAGCGGUGCAGGUAGUGGUGGCGGCGGAGGAGGAGGAGGAGGUGGCAGCGGUGUCGGCACCGGCAACAGCAAUAGCAAUCAGAAUGCAAAUCAAUCUUGGCACAGUUGGCUGCGGAACAAUCUCAAUUCGAUCGGCAACGGUAAAGAUCGAUCGUUCGGUGCACCGAGGCCACUGGGAUUAGCCGGACAGGAAGGCGGGGCGGACGGUGAUGGUGCAGGAGGAUAUGGAGGCCCACCGCGAUUCAGCUCCCGAUGGGACGAAUGCACUGCACUGGAGGAAGCGCCCACCGACAUUACCACCGGCAAUGAAUAUGCGAAUUUCGAUUUUCAGCCGGAAUGGAUGAAAACCAAAGAGUAUUGGGACAAGGACUUCGAGAGUCGCUACGAAAAGCUACAGAAAGAUCCAACCAGACCGCCACUGAAGAUUGUGGUUGUCCCGCAUUCCCACAACGAUCCUGGCUGGCUCAAAACGUUCGUCAACUACUUCCAGGCGGAUUCACGCCAGAUUCUGAAUCUUGCGGUGACCAAAAUGCCCGAGUACAGCAACAUGUCAUUCAUUUGGAGCGAAAUAAGCUUCCUGCAGAUGUGGUGGGAUCAGGCACAUCCCACUAAACAAAGGAUACUGAAGAAAAUGGUGCAAUCAGGUCGUCUGGAAAUCACAACCGGGGGCUGGGUUAUGACUGAUGAAGCUAACGCUCAUCUGUUUGCUAUGGUCGAUCAACUAAUUGAAGGUCACCAGUGGGUCAAGACGAACUUGGACGUAACACCGACCAGCGGCUGGAGUAUCGAUCCAUUUGGGCAUGGAAGUACAGUACCGUAUCUGCUGGCGGCUAGUGGAUUCGAAGGCACAAUCAUCCAACGAAUACACUAUGCGUGGAAGCAAUGGUUUGCCCGGCACCGAUACGGUGAUUUUUUAUGGACCCCCUACUGGCGAUCGUCCGGAGCCCCAUCGAACAACAAACACACUCUGCUAACUCAUAACAUGCCUUUCGAUAUCUACUCAAUUAAACAUUCCUGCGGACCACAUCCGUUCAUCUGCCUUAACUUUGAUUUCCGCAAAAUCCCCGGCGAAUAUACCGAGUACUCCAUAAAGGCUCAGUUCAUCACACCGGAAAAUAUCGAAUCCAAGGCGGAUCUGCUGAUGGAGCAGUACUCGCGGACUGCUUCGCUGUUCCCGCAUAACGUUGCCCUUAUUCCGGUGGGGGACGAUUUCCGCUACAACAAAGAGAAGGAAGUGGAACAGCAGUAUACCAACUACAAAAAGCUGAUCGACUAUAUCAAUGAAAACAAGAACAAGUACAAAGCAGAGAUCAAAUUCGGAACACCGAAAGAUUACUUCAACGCUGUCAAGGAACGGUACGAUAAGUUUCCCACGUUGAAGGGUGACUUCUUCGUGUACGCAGAUAUUUUCAACGAAGGUAGACCGGCUUAUUGGUCUGGAUAUUUCACGACACGUCCGUUCUUUAAGAUUCUCAGUCGCGAACUGGAACACAAUCUCAGAAGUUUGGAGAUUUUGUUCACAAUAGCGUUCAACCGAGCUCGUCAGGCAGGCAAUUCGAAUGCCUUUAAAAUUUACGAAAAGAAUUACGAGAAAAUGAUAUUGGCAAGAAGGAAUCUGGGCCUGUUUCAGCACCACGAUGCCAUCACCGGUACGUCCAAAAGCAACGUGAUGCGAGACUACGGUUUACGACUGUUUGAGAGUAUCCAGGAAACGGUGAAACUUCAAGAGAAAACCAUAGAACUGCUCGUGCAGAAAAAGGGAUCCGAGUUAAACUUCUUGAUUGGCGAACUGGAGCGGGAUAACUUCAGUAAACUGCCUCGGAAAACACCGCUAAUCGUAACGGAAACUCGUAGUACGGAUUUCGUGGUAUAUAACGCGCUCGCACAGGAACGACUGGAGGUUGUUUUGAUCAGGACUUUGUCGCCACGGGUCAAAAUCGUGGAUCCUAGUGGUAAGCAGAUGGACAUUCAGAUAAACCCAGUGUGGAAUAUAACUGAGUCCACGUAUGCUUCCCGGAAAAUCAUUCCCUCGGAUAAAGAGUACGAAAUUAUGUUUGUAGCUAAACUGGCGCCACUAUCGCUGACGACGUUCACGGCUUCCUACGAUGACAGCUUCAAACCAAAGAUGGCGACACUGUACUGCAACGAGUGUCAAGAUGAGAAAAAUGAAAUUUUCGAAAUAAGAAACAAACAACCGGGGGAUAUUCAACUGGAAAACUUUAAAAUGAGGCUACUUUUUGACGAGCAGAGCGGAUUCCUCAAAUCGGUAACAAAAAAGAACAUGGGCAAACAGAUUCAGUGUGCCAUCAAAUUUGCGGCAUACAAAAGUGCUCAGUUCCAUUCCGGGGCUUACUUGUUUAAAACUGAUCCGGAACAGAGAAACUCGGAAAAGGAAGUUCUGGAGCAAUAUACCGAUGUGACGAUUUUGAUUACUUCUGGACCCCUGGCCAGUGACGUUACGGUGAUAUAUGGGCCUUUUCUUGCCCAUACGGUUAGGAUAUACAAUUCAAACACGGUACUGGAUAAUGGAAUCUACAUUGAGAAUGACAUCGAUUUUGAAUUGCCUCCCAAGAAUCGCGAAACGGAGCUGUUCAUGCGAUUCGCUACGGACAUUGAAAACGGAAGCGGUGAAAACCCGGAAUUCUUCUCCGAUCUAAACGGUUUCCAGUACCAAAAACGCACGAAGGUGCCAUCUAUCGGAAUCGAGGGAAACUAUUUCCCCAUCACUAGUGGAGCUUUCAUUCAGGACGAAAAGAUGAGACUGACUUUACUUACGACGCACGCCCAAGGGGCAGCCAGUCUCGAACCGGGUCAACUGGAAGUCAUGCUGGACAGGCGAACGCUGUACGAUGAUUAUCGAGGAAUGGGCGAAGGAGUCGUCGAUAGCCGCCUGACGCGGCAUCGCUUCUGGUUGACACUGGAAACUAUCGAAACCGGUAACACCGCCGCAAACGGAGACGAAUCGUCGGGUCGUGUAGACGACUCCAAACCCGCCGAAUAUCAGCUGCCAAGCAUUUUUGCCAAUAGCCUAUCGAACGGACUGAACUAUCCGGCAAAUCUGUUCAUCGUAGAACGAUACGACGAAAGCAACCAGAUAGAACUUAACCGACUAGUACAACUGCUCGUCCCUACGUUUCCCUGUGAUUUGCACAUUUUGAAUCUCCGGACACUGACCGAGGGCAAUUUGCCACUGUUUCCUUCGAAUUCGGCCUUGCUGGUCUUACAUCGGCAGGGCUACAACUGCCGGAUAGGCGGCGAUGAAGUAGUAAAUUAUUUUUGUAAUAAUAGCAACAGUAGUAGUACCAUAAAUAGUAAUAAUGGCAUUAGUAGUUCGAGUCUAGAUAAGUACAACAGACAGUUGCAGCUUUUCUCGGGGGUGCAUCUAGAACAAAUCCGAAGCACCUCACUGACUGGAUUGUACCCGGGUGAGUCGCUGAACUCUGUGGGGGAUAUUUUUCUGGAAUCGAUGGAACUUCGAUCGUACAAUUUGACAUUUGUUAAAUAAAUUUAAAAAAACGUGACGCGCGAAAGCUCUCUUCCAAGGAAACAACAAACGGCAAAAUCUGUUGAUGUGUAAGCAGCGGUGGUAAUGUUGGCCCACAGUCGCCACCAACCCUUCCGGCUUCCGGCGAUUGUUUCUACAGUCCACACCAUGGUUCCUUCGGAGUAAAUCAUCCAUCAAAGACAUCACAAAUGGCCGUCAUGUACCUCCUCUACCAGAUGAUAUUCGAUAUGUCAGAGGUCCCAUGAAAUGGCUGGCGGAUGUAGUCUUAAUGCCAAUGACCUGUUAUAUUUUUAACCAAAUUUGUAAAGCGCGUAAGAAAAAGAAAACGAAUAAGUUUAAGAGCGAUUGUUGACAGUUAAUGUUUUUUCUGCCUUCCUAUUGUCAACUCUGAAAGAUUGAAAACAAAAAUCAAAACACCUGAAAAACGCAGCAUCUCUUUCGGAUUCAAGUUUACCGCUUGCGGCCAACCGUUCCGUUGAUGUUUUUAAGAAAAGAAUCUCCUCAAGCAAAAGAGCCCCUAGCUAUUAACAACUCCGGAAUGGUUGGUUGAUGGCACGUGGUAAACAUUCAAAACUAUAUUUUUAAAUCAAAACUACACAAUACAAUUGAAACCACUAUCAUUCCACUUCAGUCGAAUCAAAAUUCGAACCACUAUCGAAAUAGUUUUAACGGAACACAAAAUAGACAGACGCAGAGUUUUUCAACAGUGAAAAUUUCCCCUAUUUUAAAAAAAAUAAAAAUAACAAACGACUGCAUACCAAACAAACACAUUCAUGUUGUAAAUAUAUGAACAAAAUAUCUUAGAACCCGUUCAUUCGAAAUGUGAUUUUAGUUUUAGUCAUAUUGCAUUUUUACUUUUAUUUUUCCUUCUCUUUUGUGUUAUCAAUCUGCGUUGAUCGCUCCGUAAGUACAUUUUUUUCUUCGUGUACUGAAUCUCAACGUGCUAACCUAAUCGAGCUCUUUUCCUAUUUGCCUCUAAUAGCACCGUCCAGUUUAAUUGUUUAUCGCCACCUUUUCUCGUUAUUCAUAUUGCAAAAAAAAAAACAAACAAACAAAUGCUGCACCGAAAAACACGGCAGCACCACCAACCAUACAUAGUCUGUUAAGUUGAUAUUUAUUAAGAAUAUACGGAAAGCCGAGUCCAAAAUGAAUGAGUGAUUCUAACACUAACACCUUUAAAUAGUUGUAAUCGUAUAGAUUGACAGAUCAAAGUUUACACCUAUUAUGUAUGCAGCUAUUAGACUAUUUUGUUCGAGAAUAGCACGGGGAACUACUUUAUAAGCUUACCGCUAUUUAGUGAAGUGCAACAGUCCUGAUGUUGGAUUACCAAUUUGUGUUUGGUUUUUCUGUUCAUUUUUGUACUAUUGAUGUAUAUGAUAUGAAUCGAUCAAAUUGUAGCUAAAUAUUUAGGAGAAUUAAACAAUUCAAGCAAAAUGUGUAGUAAAAAUCGAAUAUCCGAUUUUAGGAUUGGUAGAGAAACUGUGUGAUGAAUGGGAUUUAGUGAUCCAGUGUUGUAAUUGGUGGCAUUUGCGGUGAGGAGAACAAAAUUUCGAUGCAGAAAAAUUUGAACGUGGUGCUCUCUGUUCCUGAUUUUGUACAAAGUUUUAUAAGUAUUCGUUUUACUCUACUUUCUCGUACUUUUUAUUUCUCUCUCUGUCUCUCUCCCUUUUUCUAAUAUUCAGUUACUAUCGAUUGAUCUGCGUAGUAAACCAAAUGUCUGAAAUACGAGUGUAAGCAAAAUAAACGACUAAAUAUUUUA